AUGGCCACCUGCUGGCAGGGCCUGUGGGCCUAUCGCUCCUAUCUGAUUGUGUUGCUUCUGCCCAUCCUUCUGCUGCCUCUGCCCAUCCUCGUUCCCAGUAAGGAAGCCUACUGUGCCUAUACCAUCAUCCUCAUGGCGCUCUUCUGGUGCACCGAGGCUCUGCCCCUGGCCGUCACUGCCCUCUUCCCCAUCAUCCUGUUCCCCAUGAUGGGUAUCCUGGAUGCCUCUGAGGUCUGCAUCGAGUACCUCAAGGACACUAACGUCCUGUUCAUCGGGGGGCUGUUCGUGGCCAUCGCUGUGGAGCACUGGAACCUGCACAAACGCAUUGCCCUCAGUGUGCUCCUCCUCAUCGGGGUGCGGCCGGCCCUGCUACUCCUGGGCUUCAUGCUGGUCACUGCCUUCCUGUCCAUGUGGAUCAGCAACACAGCCACCACGGCCAUGAUGGUGCCCAUUGCGCAUGCUGUCCUGGAGCAGCUGCAUGGCACACCCAAGGACAUCGAGGAGGGGACUGACAACCCUACCUUCGAGCUCCAGGAACCAAAUUCCAAGAAGGAGGUGACCAAGCUUGAUAACGGGCAGGCCACCCCUGUCGCCGCUGCUCCUUCAAAGCCAAAAAUACAGAAAACUCAAGAACAGAUCCGCUUCACGCAGUGCAUGAGCCUGUGCGUCUGCUACUCGGCCAGCAUCGGGGGCAUCGCCACACUGACUGGCACCACACCCAACCUAGUGCUGCAAGGCCAGGUCUCCUCGAUCUUCCCCCAAAACCCUAACGUGGUGAACUUUGCCUCCUGGUUCGGCUUUGCCUUCCCCACCAUGGUCAUCUUGCUGAUUCUGGCUUGGCUUUGGCUUCAGGUCCUCUUCCUGGGUUUCAACUUCCGGAAGAAUUUUGGCUUUGGAGAACAGGAAAAUGAGCGAAAGGACGCAGCCUUACAAGUCAUCCAUAGAGAGCACAAGCUGCUGGGCCCCAUGAGCUUUGCAGAAAAGGCUGUCACCAUCCUCUUUGUGGCCCUGGUGCUGCUGUGGUUCACACGAGAGCCGGGUUUCUUUGAAGGCUGGGGUAACCUAGCUUUUCCUAAUGACAAGGGCGAAAGCAUGGCCUCCGAUGGGACAGUGGCCAUCUUCAUCAGCAUAAUUAUGUUCAUCCUGCCCUCCAAGAUCCCAGGGCUGACCCAGAACCCAGAAAAACCAGGGAGGCUGAAGGCCCCUCCCGCCCUCCUCAACUGGAAGACAGUGAGCGAGAAGAUGCCCUGGAAUAUCGUGUUCUUGCUGGGUGGUGGCUUUGCCCUGGCCAAAGGCAGUGAGAAAUCCGGCCUGUCUGCGUGGCUGGGAGACAAACUGGUCCCGCUGCAGAGUAUACCGCCGCCCGCUACUGCCUUCCUCCUGUGUCUCCUGGUUGCCACCUUCACUGAGUGCGCCAGCAAUGUGGCCACCACCACACUCUUCCUGCCCAUCCUGGCCUCCAUGGCUCAGGCCAUCUGCCUCCACCCACUCUAUGUCAUGCUCCCCUGCACUCUGGCGGCCUCCCUGGCCUUCAUGCUGCCCGUGGCCACCCCACCCAAUGCCAUCGUCUUCUCUUUCGGGGGCCUCAAAGUGUCAGAUAUGGCCCGGGCAGGAUUCCUGCUCAACAUCAUUGGAGUGCUGGUCAUCACGCUAGCCAUCAACAGCUGGGCCAUCCCCAUCUUUGACCUGCACACUUUCCCUUUCUGGGCCCAAUUCAAUACCACAACCCAAUGCCUUCUCAACACCACCACGCCAGGCCCCUAG